AUGGGACUUCAUAAUUAAUGGAUUGGGCAAACAAUGUUUAAACCUUUGGUAUCUAGACAACAGGCACAUGGCCGAAACUCGAGUGCCUUGUAGCAUGUAGUACAGUGGGGAAAGCUGCAUCCUUAUUAGAUUCACAUGAUUCCCAAGCACUUCGGUUUGCCCCAAAGCCACAAGUACAGCCGAAAUUAGUACCCACAUGCAGUUACGCUGGCGAGCCCGGAAUAUCGAGAUGUUCGGCUUCAACGCCUGCGCACUCACCUGCCGAGACUCCCUACUCCCGAAAGUGGGCAGGACAUCUGGACAUGCAGCCAGUUGCUUUCCACCUGUCAUCGCCCAAGCAUCCAGCGCGACAAUGUCGGUAGUUCGUUGCUAACUGAGAUAUGUGCGCUAAUUACGAAAAUGCGAGUUGAGACUCGAAAUCAAUUAACAAGUGUUGGAUCGAAGGGAUUUGGAAGCUCUACAGGUGCAAGUGGAAAAUAGUUGUUACGAUUUCACUCAGUUUUCGAUUUUAGAAAAGAGCCUUUUCUUGGCACAUUUACGCGGAAUAAUAUUUGAGAAAAGUUGAGAAAAUAUUAAUGACACUAAUUAGUGAUAAGAUAAAAGACCAUUGUUGCCAUGAUAAGGAAAUCACUGAAGAGAGUAAACUAAUGAUACCCAUUUGAAUGGUUAACGAGGAGAGAUGAAUCCUAAUUGGGCAACGGCAAAUCUCAUAAAAAGCGGUAGACUGCGGACAGUAAUCUGUGGCCAUCUAAAAGAUACAGUGGCUGUAUUAUACGAUAGCGCAUCGCGGAUUUUUCGCUAUCCAUAAAAAUUCAAACGGCAAUUGUCGUGUGCCAUGUGCUAUUCCAAGUUCAGCGGCGGCCGUUAAGAAUUUUACACGAAAUAAACAAAAACAUUUAGUUGCGGGCUAAAAUGAAUUCAUCGACCGAUCCGACAUUUUCGGAAUUGAACACAAGUUUCACAAAUACCACCGAUCUAUUCGCCACCAGUGUUAGUUUGGAUACAACAUCCCAUGGAUUUGAGGAGGAGGACCACUAUGCCUGCGGCACCUUUAAUUGCUCUCCAAAAGAGUUUGUGGCCUUUGUGCUCGGCCCACAGACCUUACCACUUUACAAGGCAAUUUUGAUAACAAUUAUAUUUGGAGGCAUAUUUAUAACCGGGGUCGUUGGUAAUCUCUUAGUGUGCAUUGUGAUUAUUCGCCACUCGGCAAUGCACACGGCGACCAAUUACUAUCUCUUCAGCCUAGCUGUUUCAGAUCUGCUGUACCUACUAUUUGGAUUACCAACGGAAGUGUUUCUGUACUGGCAUCAGUAUCCGGAUCUCUUCGGCAUGCCAUUCUGCAAAAUACGCGCAUUUAUCUCAGAGGCAUGCACCUAUGUGUCCGUCUUUACCAUCGUCGCAUUCUCCAUGGAGAGAUUCCUGGCCAUUUGCCAUCCAUUGCACCUGUAUGCUAUGGUUGGCUUCAAGCGCGCCAUUCGGAUAAUAACAGCUCUGUGGAUUGCCAGUUUCAUAAGCGCCAUUCCAUUUGGACUGCUCUCGGAUAUUCAAUACCUCAACUACCCAUUAGAUGACUCCCGCAUUGAGGAGUCAGCAUUCUGUUCCAUGUCGCCCAAGAUUGUUAACGAAUAUCCCGUGUUCGAAGUAUCCUUUUGCAUAUUCUUUGUCAUUCCGAUGAUACUCAUUAUUUUGCUCUACGGACGAAUGGGAGCCAAGAUUCGAUCUCGAACGAACCAAAAAUUGGGUGUUCAACCAGGCACCAACAACAGGGAAACGAGAAACUCCCAAAUGAGAAAGAAGACGGUUAUUCGCAUGUUGGCCGCUGUGGUGAUCACGUUUUUCGUGUGCUGGUUCCCGUUUCACCUGCAAAGACUCAUAUUCCUGUAUGCCAAGAACAUGGAGAACUAUUUGGACAUAAACGAGGCACUCUUCUCGAUUGCGGGAUUUGCAUACUACGUUUCAUGCACUGUAAACCCAAUAGUGUACAGUGUGAUGUCACGUCGCUACAGGGUUGCGUUCAGGGAACUCCUCUGCGGAAAAGCCGUGGGCGCCUAUUACAACAGUGGAUUCGCGAGGGAUCACUCCAGUUUCCGGGAGAGCUCCGCCUACGACCGCGUUCAUUCUGUUCACGUCAGAGCCAGCCGGCACCCAAAUAAGUUCGAAACGGACUCCCCAUCUGCGAAUAGGGUGCUGAUAAAGAAAACCUACAGUCUCCCGCUACCAAAAAAUGCGGACUCCACGGUCCUGAGCACCACGGACAUUGUCAUCGUUCUGGAAAACAGCCACAAAGUUUGCGAGGAGCCCAAAGUUGAGAACGAUAUUUGGAUCGAGAACGAGGAGACUUGUAUUUAAGCACUAGGCCAUUUCAACAUUUGUAGUUUAAGCCAAAGACGUCGAGCACAACCUUUUGUAGAACUAAUUUAAGAGCUAAGGAUUGUGUAUUGGGGAUUUAGUGACAUGACUGGGAGUCUGUCUAAAUUCAAAUGUGUCUGCACAGAGGAGAUUUAAUUAUUUCCACCACAUCUCAUAAUAUUACUAAAUAAACCAACUGAGUUUUAUUGCUA